AAUAUAGGUGACAGAGUUCCAUUUCACCUUGGCCAAGAACUAGUCAAACUCAUGUCCUCUACCUCCAGAAUGAGUUCUAGUCACCCAGCUGUCCUUAAAAGGUGAGGAGAGGGAUGAUCAUCAUCCUGGCAGAAGUAUGUUCCUUCCAUUUUCCAUAAAUGAAAUCAGGAUUCGGGGGUAGAAAACAGAUACGUAACUCCAGCAUAAUGGCUGGGGAGAAAAGAUAGCAAUUUCAUGUCACAUGAAUCCUCAUUUCUGAGUAGACUUUUCCCUUGGCAGUGAAAAACCCCUGUAAGAAGGGCAGAGUCAACUAAUUUUCCUCAUGACCAGCAUCUCAACUUUUCUUAAAUGUCCUCAGGGUUGCUCAGGAUCUUGUGCCCCAAAAUAGAGGACACCAACCAUGUCCACAGGAUUUGCACCCCUUUAGGGAUCCUGAUCUAAGUCCUUUGCUGUGCUACUCCCUGAGCAUUUAGACUCAUAGGAUAAAUGAGGUAUCCUGAGGUAUAUUUGCAACACCAAACAUGCAGUCAUCAGCUGUUGCAUCUUCAGCAGUCUUACCCCUCACCACUUGCAAUGGAGCAGAAGCAGCCGAUCUGAUCCAUAACAGUUUGAUUUGGAAAGAUGGCUAAGAGAUGAAUGUCAUCAGACCAGGCUUCUCUCCUACCCCUCAUUUUGCCCAUUCCUGCCCUUUUGUAAACCCCAUUGCCACGAACAUAAGCAAUUUAUUUUCCUAGUCUCCUUUCUCCCACCCUUGCCCCCUCGGACGCGCUGGGACGGACCUGCCCACGCCACUGUUGUGCGGGGCCGGAGCCGCCCCUGUGCGCCCACGAGAGGGCUGGGACGGGCUCUGGGGGUCGGCACAGCCCCAGCACCGAGCCCAGGAGCCAGGCCCGUUUCUGCCGGCCCCGCUGGGUUGCCGAGGGCACUCGGUCCCGCUGGUGCAAGGGACGCUCCGGGCGGGCUGGCUCACGGUGCCCGCGGGCUGCGCGCGUCAGGGGAGCCACCCGUCACGGCCGUGCGAUCCCGGCAUAUAUAGGGGAUGCGGGGGCACCGCCGGCCGAUCGCAGCCGCUCCGUGCCGGGCACGGCCUCCGCAGCGCCAUGGCCCUGGCCCGGUCGGCGGGGCGAGCAGGUGCGGCUGCGGCGCUGGCGCUGCUGUGGCUGCUGGUCUGCGCUCCGGGGGACGCCGGCUGUCACCCCCUGACCGUGGCCGAUCUCUUCGACCGGGUGAUCCGGCACUCGGGCAGGAUCCACAGCCUCUCCACGGCGCUCUACGCCGAGCUGGAAAAACACUUCCCUCCCCGUGACAACGAGCUGGGAAGGCCCGCUCGGAAGUGCCACACGUCGGGGAUGCUGACCCCCAACGGCAAAGAGUACGCCCAAAAAAUCCCGAGAGAAGAACUAACUCACGUGAUACUGAAACUUUUGCAAGCCUGGAAAGAACCACUGUCCCACUUUAACCAGCAUAUUGAGCACCAUCAAGAGCUACCUGAUGACAGCCUUAGCAAAGCUAAGCAAAUCAGCAAUAUGGUACAUGAGCUGAAGACUGGAGUCGAGAAAGUAACAGAAAAGAUGCAGUCAAUGGGGAUCAUCAGCAAUUCAUUAAAUGGAAUGGCAUCAUCUGAAGACACUGGUUUAUCAAUUAGUAAUGAAGCAAACAUGAUGAGUGACUCUGAUUUCAUUCACUGUUUUAGGAGAGAUUCCAAUAAAGUACAAAGCUACUUAAAAAUUCUCAAAUGUAGGAUUAUGCCAGAAAAUAGUUGCUAAAUUGUACUCCUUUGACAAGUAGUCUUCAGCAUGUUGCUUAUAAAGAUUAAAAAAAAAUAGAACUUCUAAAUUAUCACUUUAACAGUAAUUUUAAUAGGAAAGUGUUUUUAAAAUCCUUUGGAAGCUGGCACAGUUGACCAAUGCAGAUGAAAUACUAAAGCCUCGUGUGUGUAUGUCAGUUAAUGCACCAAUAAAAAGGAGUGUUCUAGCAUUAGAUAAAUAAAUAUUCUUGCAUGUUACACUGUGGCAGACAAUACUAUGGCUGAUUCACAGUUUAGAUAAAUACAUAGAAUUACAGAAUGGCUUGAGUUGAAAGGGACCUUCGUGAUCAUCGAGUUCCAACCCCCACUCUGCCACUGGCAGGGAUGCCAUCCACUAGAUCAGGUUGGUGAGGGCCCCACUCAAGCUGGUCCUGAACUCUUCCAGAUAUAAGCCAUCCACAGCUUCUCUGGGCAAUGUAUUCCAGUGCCUCACCAUGCCUUUGAAUAAAGAACUUCUUCCUGACAUCUAAUCUAAAUCUCUCCUAUUUUAAUUUAAAACCAUUCCCCCUUAUCCUAUCACUCUUACCUAUGUAAAAGUUGCUCUCCCUCUUUUUUAUGAGCAAUCUUUAAGUCAUGUAUGGCUGCAAUGAGAUUUCCCUGGUGCCUUCUCUUCUAUAAGCUAAACAAUGCCAAAUCUCAGACUGUCUUCAUGAGGUUCUUGUUGGCCCACUUGUUAAGCUUGUCCAGGUUCCCCUGGAUGACAUUCCCUCCUUCUAUUGUGUCAGCUGCAUUGCUCAGCUUUGUAUCUGCAAACUUGCUGAGGAUGCACUCCAUGCCACCCUCUGUGUCCUUAAGGAAAAUACUGAAGAGCACCAGUCCCAAGACAGAACCUUGAGGGACACCAGGUGUCACUGGCCUCCCCCUGGACAUAAGAACCACUGCUCACAAUGCCCUGGAUGCAUCCAACCAGCCAAUUUCUUAACCACCAAAUAGUCCAACCUUCAAACCCAUGUCUCUCCAAUUUGGAGAUAAGGGUGUCAAGUGGGACCCUGUGGAAAGCCUUACUGAAGCUGAAACAUAGGUACAACAUAGUUGAAAAUAAGAUUCAAUCUGUUAAACUGUGGUACAUCUGUGUACUAUCAAUAAAGUAUAUUUUUC